AAUGCGGUUGAAAAAUGUGUCUGCUGAGCCAAUAGCCGAGGUUCAACACGUGUGACCAGGUUAAAAUAACAAGAGAUAAGCGGUGGAAAAAGUAAGUAGCUGCUACUCAGCUGCUGAACUGAUUCCACUUGAUUUCGAAAACUUUCAUAUUCGGAAUGGACUGCGCCGUGCGGUCUCGUCCACCCUUCUUUACACGCUGCUCAUUUCAAAGUUCACGCAGCGAGCCUCCAGUUUCUCUCCGUGUCGCUGCAGCCCGGUCUACGUUUGUGGGAGUACCCCCUGCGCAGGUCCCUUUUGCAGUGCAGAUCCAGUAGUUGGAGUUGUAUACUGAGCGUGAGAGGGAGAGGAAAAGAGUGUGAGCGCAGCAGCAGAGUGAGCAAACAGAGUCAACAGCAGCAGCAGCAGCAGCGCCCUGGUCUGGUCUAUUCGAGCAGCCGCCUGUAGAAAAAAACAGAAAACUCCCAAACGCGGUGGUUUCAGCUGGCAUGAGCUAACCUACGAGUUAGACAUGGAAACCAAACCAUUCUUGUCAUUGGGGUUCUUGAAGCCCCAGUGCUCUCUAGCUCCUCCGAUGCAGCGAGGUCGCUCAGGUGACGCUUGUUCCUGUUUUAGUGGUGUGUGCCCCCUCCAUGACCGCCGUCUAUCCUCAGAUUCAUCAGGCCAGGUGACCUCUUCGCCCUUGGGAUCACCAACCUCCCACCGUGGAAUGCACCCAUCUCUACUCAGCCCAACGUCCAUGGGGCCCUCAGGCCCUCUCCACUCUCCCAUCAGUACGCUGAGCUCUCCAAUGAAUGGCCUGGCUUCACCCUUCUCUGUCAUCAGCUCACCCAUGGGCCCUCACUCCAUGAACUCACCUGGCAUGGGCUACGGUCCUAGCGUUAGCCCCCAGAUGUUCCAGCUGAACUCUCCAAUGAACUCUGUCAGCAGUACGGAGGACAUAAAGCCUCCACUGGGCCUCAACGGCGUGAUGAAGGUGCCUGCCCAGCCCUCGAGCACAGCUCUGUCACUCACCAAACACAUCUGCGCCAUCUGCGGUGACCGCUCCUCAGGUAAACACUAUGGAGUCUACAGCUGCGAGGGCUGCAAAGGUUUCUUCAAAAGGACUGUCCGCAAAGACCUGACCUACACCUGUCGUGACAACAAAGACUGUGUCAUUGAUAAACGCCAGAGGAACCGCUGUCAGUACUGUCGCUACCAGAAGUGUUUAGCCAUGGGCAUGAAGAGAGAAGUUUUGUUACAUGCAGCCGUUCAGGAGGAGCGCCAGCGAGCCAAGGAGAAAAAUGAGAAUGAGGUAGAGUCUACCAGCUGCGCCAACGAGGACAUGCCCGUGGAGAAGAUCCUGGAAGCCGAGGAAGCAGUAGAACCUAAAACCGAGACCUACAUCGAGACCAACCUCGGUGUGCCAUCAAACUCGCCCAACGACCCAGUGACAAAUAUCUGUCAAGCAGCUGACAAACAACUUUUUACCCUGGUUGAGUGGGCUAAAAGAAUCCCCCACUUCUCUGAGCUGCCGCUGGACGACCAGGUCAUCCUUCUACGAGCAGGUUGGAACGAGCUCCUCAUUGCAUCAUUUUCGCACCGCUCGAUAGCGGUUAAAGACGGGAUUCUGCUGGCAACGGGGCUGCACGUUCACCGCAACAGUGCCCACAGUGCCGGAGUGGGAGCCAUCUUUGACAGAGUGCUGACAGAGCUGGUGUCAAAGAUGAGGGACAUGCAGAUGGAUAAGACAGAACUGGGGUGCCUUCGAGCUAUUGUCCUUUUCAACCCAGACUCUAAAGGUCUGUCCAACCCAGGCGAAGUAGAAGCUCUGAGAGAGAAAGUCUACGCGUCUUUAGAGGCCUACUGCAAACAGAAAUACCCAGAGCAGCCUGGCAGAUUUGCUAAGCUGUUGCUGCGAUUGCCUGCACUGCGCUCCAUCGGUCUUAAGUGUCUAGAGCACCUGUUCUUCUUCAAGCUCAUCGGCGACACGCCCAUUGACACCUUCCUUAUGGAGAUGCUAGAAGCUCCACAUCAAAUGACAUAAUAGAGGUGAGGGGUUGAACCCUCUUUACCUCCACCCAACCCUCCUCAUCAGCCUUGGAUCAAGAGGGGGGCCUUUUUCCUUUUUUUUAAAAAAAAUAAAAAAAUAAAAAAUCUCCAGCAAGGGACAAAUCACAAGACAGCCUUGGAUGGAGAACCUCCCCCUUCCUCCCUCUUUUUCUCCUCCUCCGUCCCUUCUACCCCCUCGCCUCGCUUAGAUGUUUUCAAACAAUGAAUCCGUCACGCCCAUGGGUCUGUUUUAUACCUUGUAAAAAAUAUAAAUACGAAUAAGAAAUAUUAUAUAUGAAAACCACGCAGCAAGACGAGUGACAACGGUGGACUGAAAUGAGGACGGACAGAGGACAAAAGAAACAUAUUGAGCCAUUGUUUUCAUCAUCACUUUUCCUACACCUUGACAAGAAAAAGCUGAGAUGAUCAGGUUUUAACACAUAAAGACAGAAUUGCUCUUGCAUAUAUAUAUAUAUAUAUAUAUAUAUAUAUAUAUAUAUAUAUAUAUAUAUAUAUAUAUAUAUAUAUAUAUAUGCACACAUAUAUUGAACAGUAAUGAUGUCAUAAUUGGACACUCAACGUUGUGAUCGGGACAAUCGUGGGCUCUUGAGAGCCUUGGGCUGUUUAGACUUGGACCUGAGCCCUCACUGUCUUUCAGGACUGAACUUAAUUAAGAGGGGCGGGCUGGUUCGGGGAAAUAAGUCUGCUUAAAGGAACUUGUCUGUUCCUGCCUGACUCAACUAAGCACGUCAGGUCUUGCACUAGCUGUGUUCUUUUUUCAAUGUGUGAGCUUUCUGGAGAAUUCAGAGGUGGGUUAACAAGGUUGCAAGAGCUCAAAACCCUCAGGUCUCUGCCCAAUUCCAACAAAUACAACCAUGUCUUACUCUAAACACUGUGCAACACUGGGGAGAAUGUUGUGGUAGUCCACUUAUCAACCCUUCAGUUCGCGUAUUGCUCGACAGAGAGUUGGGAAAGUUUGUUAUGUACAAUCUACACACAGGACCAUUCAGGCUGUUUUAAAGUACCCAACUGUAAGCUUUACAGCCCACUGGAUGCUCUGAAAGGCUACCAGCACACGGAGGAACAACAUAUAUUUUGGAAAGUAACAUUUCCAACAUUUGGCCUUCAUCACGACAAGCUUGGACGCCUGGAAAGUUUGUGCACACUCACACUGUGGGUAAACGUCCUAGUUUUGCCAGCCUCUUAGCUCCUUAUCGUCCAUUCUCCACCCUCUCCACUUCGCGUUUCAUGUGAAUUCCAGCACACCAUUUACACCUCCACACUCUGCUCAACACAGCGGGUAUUAGCUUUUCAAAACACCUCAUAUCUACCUGUACAGAAACAGUAUUGACGUUAUUUUCAGUUUUCACUUUUAACAACCGCAAUGCACAAUUUACCUCUGCCUCCAUCCUUCGGACCUUCAGUUCUUGAUACCCAUUUAGGAUUAGACCAUAUACAGUAUGUGAGAGAUGUACUUGUUGCUGUUGCAGCAGGAGCCAUUAUUUGUUUGUUUGUUUGUUACUUGGCACUUAACCUCAUGACCGUGGAGUCGGGUUUCUAAACAGAGAGCUGAUGUCGAUGUAAUUGACCUCUGAGGUGGACUCUGGCCCCGACCCAAUCAGGAACGCCACAAUUGUUUAACACCUCAGAGGGACACACACACACACACUCGCUCUCUCUGCACUUCUCUGGACAACCAAGUGUCGUAUAAGUUGAACUGAAAUGUUAAAUAUCCAUGUUUCUACAUAUAUACAUGUUGUGUAUAAAUAUGCUUUAUGCCCAUAUUCUGCUUCCCCCCUCCUCUGCUUUUCUGUAAAUGCUGCAGCUGCUGCAAAACUAUGCAUCAAUUGCAUUUCCAAAGAUUGUCCACAGAUCUGAGAUCUUUUAAAGAAAUGUGUUUGUCAAAUGUGGGUCCACUGCAAGUUUUUUACUGGCAGGAGAAAAUAAUACCAAGGGUUUUGUUGUUGUUGUUUUUUAAAGAUAUUUAGGGGUUAUUUAGCUCUGGUUUACUCACAUUUGAUUGAAAUUAACUCAAACUUGUAUUUAACCAGGCAAGUUAUUAAGAGAAAACUGCUCUUUACAGCGGUGGCCUGGCAAAAAGGCAAAGCCUCUCAAGUAAAUGUGGCCACUAUAAGUAAGGGCUAAAACAAAUUCUGACAUGGUAACCCUCGAUGACAAAAAUCUGCCCAGAAACAGAAGGACAUAUAAACACCAGCGAAAGUACUCAAACCUAAACUUUGUGAUAGGUCACACUACAGCAGGUGUCACCAGGAUUUCAAACAAACUCACCAAGUGUAAAAAACCAAAUUUAAAAAAAAAGCACCAGCUUUGCUACUGCAGAUAAUAAUAAUACUUAUGACGGUUAAAAAGAUUUAAAUAGGAUUUUCUUUCUAUAUCUGCAUCUUUGCUACUCUUUCAUAAGCACCUUUACACUAUCUGAACCUGGGAAACAAAAGAGAAAAAAAAGAAACCCGAGCACUGUGUUUUCAUUACAUUUUGAUAAAAGUCAGAUUUUUAAUGGGGUCUGAGGAAAUGUGUGGAGUCUUGAGAGUGUGCCCUUUGAAAAUAAUUUGCUUGAUAGUAAUGGAUAAAUGAAAAUCUGAAUUGCACUGAAAAUGUAAGUAAAUUAAGCGUAUGAAAUAAAAUCCACGCUUAAAAUGAUAAAACAAUUUUUUUUUAAUCAGCUGGUGUUUCAUGUAUAUUUCAUCAUAUCCAGUCUCGCAGUUGGUUUAUGAAAAAUGAAACUCGUGGGAAGCAAUCGGAGCUUAGUUUAGCUGUCAGCUACUGAUGUUGAGUUUAUUAGCACAUUAAUCAAUUAUAAUCAAGUUUGAGGGUCAUCAAGACUCCAUAGAUUUCUGACUCAGAAAAAAACAAACCAGUCUGUAAAAUGUCCGUAUGUCCGUUUUUCAUCAUUAUUUGGUGCUAGUUUUAUAAUAAAUAGCACGCGCUGGGAGAGAACUUGUAAAUGUCAUUCCACCUCUGUGAAACUGAUCCCCCAGAUGGCCAAUGAUCUCUUUUGUCUUACGAUGAAAAAAAUCAAAAAGUCAGUUCAUACACGCUGGCUCUGAAAUGUCAGAUGCUAUAGAGCUCAAGCACGACUGCAAGGUUUACUUUGGGUGAGGGAGAAGUUUGGGUAAGAGGAAUGGGAGGGAUGUAGUAGCAGUUUAAGAGCUGCGAGCUCCUUCUAGUGGAAGAGAAAGAGUGCUGCAACAUAACUUGAAUUUUUGUUGUCGUUGUUGUUGUUGUUUUUGUUGUUAACAAAAAGAAGGCACUUUCUAACCGCAUUACUAUCAUCAAUAUUCCUUUGGCUCAGACAAAACCUCAGUAUCUGUGCUUAGUAAAACUGAGUAAAGUAGCAAUAACGUCAAAAAGACCAAUUGGCUUUGUGUUUGAUUCUUAUUCUCUAUUUUCAUUGAGGUGGCCUGAAUAUUACAACCUAUCCAUGUGACAGUAUUGACUGCCAGCUUGAGCUUACAGUAUUUAUAUUAUUGAAAAAAAAAAGAUAUAUAUAUCUAUAUAUACAUACUUGUUUGUCUGUUAAAUCAAAAACGUUCAUACAAUUUCAAAGGAAACUAUUUUUAGAGGCUGAUUUUCAUCAAGAAAAGCAGAUGAUAAAACAAUCCAAUGCUCGUUUUCCAACCGGGUGACCCAAGUGUUAAAACGAUUAUUCUCCUGUUCUUUUGAGUCCGAUGUCUCCUCCUACUGUGAUUAGUGACAGCAGCUAUCUUAAGCCAUAAAUCGAUCUUGACAAGAAAGAAAUGGACACCUGCAAAGAAUGAUUACCUACAUUGAAUGCUAUAUUUUGUUAAUAUGUAUAUGUGUAUAUAUUUAUAAAUAUAUAUAUCGACAGCUCUAUUCCUUAAGGAUUUCCAACAUUGAAAGGAGGAGACGAGUGAUUCAGACCAAACGGUUUCACGGCAGGUGUUCUUCAAGCGUUUCAUGGUGUUUGCCCCCCCCCCGAGUAUUUGUUUGCAUUUUGACCUUAAUAAAAAAAAAUCCUGAUCAACCAGCAGAAUUGCAGCAGUUAAACUCAAACCAGCUUCUCAGCAGUUUAUGGGACCUUAGUAAACUAUGAGAGAGAGGGAAAAAUGGUUAAGAUUUGAAACCCUCUGAAAUGUAUGUGUUGCUUAACAAUUGUAUGUUCAAAAAGAAAAAAAAGUAACCAGGACAAGCUGAACAUGUGACACAAUCACUGCUUUCUUUGUGGCAUAAACAGUAAAAUGUUGUAGUUUAAAAAAAACAACACUUGGUAAAAGCUCUAUUUUUGUACAAAAGUAAUUUUAUCCCUUGCUUAUGUACUCUGUUCUUUCCCUUCUCACUGUGGGCUGUUAUGUACAUUGUGGAAAAGCUUAUUUGACGGCAAGAGAUAAUUUUCAGAUUGAAAAUGUAAGACAGGAGUAAUAGUAAGCUUUGGCACUUUGGUAACUGUGUCGCUUUUACUUUGCCAUGUUUUAACCUGUCGCUGCAAGAUGGGAGUAUCUUCUUUCAUUAUAUUUUGUCUAUUUUUAAGAAAAUGGAAUUUUGUCAUCUGUUCUUCGUGGGUUGUUCUCUGAUGUUCUUCGUUCAUGGACAGGAAAAAAAAGGUUAUUAAAAAAUUUUAAGUGAG